AUGGCCUACCCUGGGUUGCUGCAGCCUCUACCCAUCCCUAACCAGGCUUGGAGCCACAUCAGUAUGGACUUCAUAGAAGGGUUACCCAGAUCCAAGAACAAAGAAGUGAUCCUUGUAGUGGUUGAUAGAUUAACAAAGUAUGCACACUUCAUAACACUUGCUCACCCUUACACGGCAGUAUCUGUAGCUGAGGUGUUUUGGAAGAAAAUACAUCGCUUACAUGGUAUUUCAGAGUCUGUAGUGAUAGACAGAGACAAUGUGUUCCUAAGCCACUUUUGGCAAGCAUUAUUUAAACUCCUGGGGACGCAGCUUCAUUAUAGCACUGCCUAUCACCCUCAGAGUGAUGGCCAAACUGAAAUGGUCAAUAGACAAAGAAUUCUAGCAUUGAGAAGAAACUUGAAGUUGAGCUCUAAGUACUAUGGGCCCUACAAGGUCCUGGCAAGAAUUGGAAAAGUGGCUUACAAACUGUAUCUUCCUCCUGAAUCUAAGGUCCACUCUGUGUUUCAUGUAUCUUUGCUCAAGAAGAAGGUAGGAGAUAGAGUAGUAGUGGAGACCACACUACUAAUCACUAGCGAGGAUGGUAAGUUCCUGGUGAAACCAGUGGCAAUUCUGCAGAGGCGGCUUAUUAAGAGGAACAACUUUGCCGUGGUAAGGGUACUGGUGCAGUGGUCAAAUUUUCCUCCAGAAGAUGCCACUUGGGAAGACUAUCACUACAUCAAGGCAAGGUUUCCAGAAUUUGAUUCCAAUACUUGA